GCCGUGAGUCCGUGAUAAGUAUUUCUCCGUGUCAUUCGAUAAUCUUAGUAUAACAACAUUGAUACUAAGAGCAUCUCCAAUACUCUAACGUGCACGGUGCACAUGUGGCAUGAGUCAUAGCCACAUAAAUAUUAGCAAAUAAAUUAUCUCUCUCCUUAUUUAAAUGAUUUUAUACAAUUAUGGUAAGUUUUUUCCUGCAAUGUCAACAACAAUGUCAACAUUUAGACGGUCUCCUUGACAUUGUGGAGAAAAACAUACCAAAACUAUAUAAAAUCAUUUAAAUAAGGAGACAAAGAAUUUAUGUACUAAUAUGUAUGUGGUCAUUUCUCAUGUCAUGUGUGCACAGUGCACGUUAUAGUAUUGGAGAUGCUCUAAGGUCUCAUUUAAGACCUUGGACAAGGUUGUAUACGCGAGUCCUUAACACAAUCUCAAUGGGGCGCACACAAGAGUGUAGGAUCCUCUGGUGGAGCAAAGGAAGGCAGGAAUGAUUCUGGUGUUGGUGUUGGUUGGGGCUCUCCAAAGACGAGGGGGCAAUGGACAAUCUCAAUGGCUCCCACGGAAGAGGAAUAGAGAAGACAACAAUGAAAGUCCGCAAAGUUGGGGGGCUUCUGCAGGUGCCGUAGGAGGGCAUUGGAAGAAUAAGAGAAACCGCCCACCAAGGCCAGCUGAUGAUUCUGGUGCUGGUGUGGCUUUCACCUUUACAAGGCAGAGGAUGGAUAAAUUCACAGCUGAGGAGCAAGAGAUUCUCCUUGAGGUUAAGCCUAUCAUGCAAAAUAUCAGAAGGAUAAUGCAUCAAUCAGGGUUGAAUGAUGGCGAUCCACUAACUCCUGAUGACAAAGCGUAUAUUGUUGAGAAUGGUGUCAUUUAUCAUCCGGAUAAAGCCUCAAAAAUUGGAAUGAGUUGAUUACCUUGUGAUUAUCAAGCACAGUAAUUUCCAGGACACUAGAUGCUUCUACGCGGUGUCAACAGAUGGUACCAAACAAUUUAUUUCCUACCUUAAAUGCCUGGAAAACUUAGUGAAGGCCAAGUUCCCGGAUAAAGCUGAAACCUUCUACCAGAAGUAUUUCUAUGUAAAACCUCCCCCUCCUUGCCUCGUCACCCGGUUGGAAACAACAAGAAAAUAGUGGUGGGGGUGCCACUCCAGAAGCUGGAACUGAAGAACCCAAACAACGAGAGCCUUUUAGUAGGCUCUUAGGGAGUGUUUGCAAAUGCUUCUCCUUAAAAAAACACUUUUUUGAAGUGAUUUUGGAAAAGUGAUUAGUACUAAAAGUUGAUAGUGUUUGAGAAAAAAGUGAUUUUAAAAAGUAAAAGUUAGUAGUGUUUGGUAAAAUAAGUGUUUUUUGUGUAAUAGAAAAAGUAAAAAGCACUUUUAACACAAAAGCCGAGAAACGCUUUUUUACUAAAGUUAAAAAAUGUAUUCAUUAUUUACGAAAUAAUCUAUUUAUUAGAGUAAGAUAAAUCAAACUUAAUUAACAAAGGUUCCACAUGCCAUCACAACGGCUAGCUAUAUUGUUAGAGUUUCGGAUGCAAAACAUAAGAAUUAACAACGAACAACAAAUACUAAACGAUUGCAAAUAACAAAACACUGAAUUAGUACAAUUCUACUAUGAUUGACAUGAAAUCUUAUUCAAUAUGAAAUAGUGCGUAACAUUUGAAUAAUUAAAAAAAGAACACAACACAUAUUCAUUGUUGGUAUGAAUGGGUUGGUUUGCAACUACUUUUAAAAAAGUACUUCCCAAACACUAACUUUUAUUUUUCUCGGCUUCCGCGUCAAAAGUGCUUUUACUUUUUCUAUUACACAAAAAGCACUUAUUUUACCAAACACUACCCACUUUUACUUUUCAAAAUCACUUUUUUCUCAAACACUAUCAACUUUUAUUUAAUCACUUCUCCCCAUUUCAUUAAAAAAAACACCUUUUUAAACAGGGCCGGCCCUG